UUUCGCAACGGAAGGGCGCGUCCGCCAAGUAGGCCAUGUGUCAUGGAGGGCCUUGAAGGGCUCAGCUCCGACACUCGCACGCAGGUAUGGGAUGUCGAUGAAGAGCCGCUGCUGCGACAUUUCUGCCUGGAAGCAGAGUGCGAGCAGGUGCUGGAGUGGUUCAUGGGCCAGGGCUACAAGAGACCUGAGGACUUCGCGGACCGCAUAGCUCUGGCAAAACGCUUGAGGGAGCUCAGCAAUGACCGCAUCAAGCAAUCAGACAUCGGAGGAGGUAUGAUGCUGGCACUUGGAAGCCUGCAUUGCCUGGACUUCAGCAAGGGUCAGUCUGCAAUCCAAAGUGAUGAGCAGAAGGAGGAGGUGUCUGAGGCAACGGUGCCGCUUCUGAGCAACCUGAGCUUCAUCUUCCUGAAGCGCGACGACUCGCACAACUCGGUUCGCGCUGCGACGUUGGGGCUCAGCCUCGCCACUAGGGCAGGCCAGCCUUUGCGUGCGAAGCUGCUGUACCGCCGAGGCUUGGGGCGAUGCCAGGUCAAGGAGUUUGAGGAGGCGCUGAAGGACUUCGUGGAAUCCGCCAGGCUCGCGCCAGAAGACCGCGAGAUACGAAUCGCCCUGGAUGAUUGCAAGGCGGCAGCGAGAGGACAACAGGAAUCAUUGAAGGACAGGUGGCGGGGAGCCAUGACCCCGACGAAGUUGAGCGUGCGGAAGAAGUUGCAGCGAUGUUUCCGCACAGCCAAGUACCAGACAAAGCAGGCGCUGUCACAGGGUGCUGAAGGCUUUGUGACUGUCGGCAUCAUUCUGCUGGCCCCACUGUGCGCCUGUGCGUUUGGAUUGUUGCUGCGGUUUCUGCGCCGUGGAUAGAUUUACACAUCACCAUGGUGCUGAUGCAGUUGAGAGGCCC